AUGAUGAACGCUUCGAGCAACGAUGACGGUUUCGGAGAAAACCCAUUCCGAACGUCAACCAACGAUUUCUACGACAUAAAUCCUUCGCCAGUAGUCCAACCCCAGUUGCAUCAAAGCCCACAACAGCAGUUUCUGCAGCAAGGAACCGCCUUCAUGCAGGCCGCCGAGCCACAAUCGAGUUUCCCUCCUACGUCCGGGCUGACAGGUGUCAUGAAACCGCAACAGGAACAGAUAUCAUCGAUGGAGCCUCAAGUUUCACGCGGAUGUUGGGGGACAAUUAUGAUGCUGAUUGAUUUGAAUACGUACAAAGCCUAUUUCGAUGUGGAUGCGGAAGAUAUUGUUGCAAGAAUCAGAGCCGUGUGUUUGGACUUCUACAAGCCAGAACACUUUCGAAAUAACGUCUUGGGUGCUCGGCAAACGAAUGGUUUGAAAGGUCCAGAUCUUUAUGGUCCAUUUUGGGUUACGAUGACCCUUAUUUUCUUGGUUGGGGUAACAUCAAAUAUGCACGCAUACCUUCAUCGCAGUGACGUUGAGGUGUUUGAAUAUGAUAUCAAUCAUUUAAUGCAUGCGGCUUCGGUUUUCUCUGCAUUUUCUUUUUUGUUGCCAGCAGUUUUCUGGGUGACUUGCAAAUGUAUGAACAUGGAAGCUUUGUCCUUGGUCGAGUGGGAGUGUCUAUUUGGUUACUCUUUGGUUCCUUUUGUUCCCGCAGUAAUGUUGUGUGUCAUUCCCUUCACGAUUUUCUCAUGGAUCUUUCCAUUAGGAGCAACAAUCGUGUCUUGCUCAUUGGUUGUUCGCAAUGUUUCAGCUCCAAUGCUUUCUACUGAUGCUGGGAGAGCGAAAGCACCACCUUUGAUCCUUGCGAUCCUUGCAUCUUACCUUAUUUUUUUCUUUGUGAUCAAAUUUACUUUCUACACCCAUCGCAAGUAA